AUGCAAGAAUUCUCCGAGGAAGAGCUGGAAGAGACCUUUUGUCGGGUGUGGUAUUUACCGAUUUUUCCAGUUACUAACGUCAACAAACCUGGAAAAAUCCGAAUGGUGUGGGACGCUGCUGCUGCUUCUCAUGGAGUUACACUUAACUCAUUCCUUUUGAAAGGUCCAGAUCAACUUUGUGACUUGUUUGCGAUACUGAUUCAAUUUCGUGAAGGUCGAAUUGCUUUAACCGGAGACGUGCGAGAGAUGUUUUUGCAGGUGCUGAUGCGUGCCGAGGACCAACAGUGCCAGCGCUUUUUGUGGUUCGAUGAAGACGGCACAGUAGCCGAGUACAUUUUGCAGGUGAUGUCCUUCGGAGCAUGCUGUUCCCCUUGCAGUGCUCAAUUCGUUAAGAACGUAAAUGCUGAACGCUUUAGAGAUAAAUAUCCAGCGGCUGUCGGAGUGAUUCAAAAACGCCACUACGUCGAUGAUAUGUUGGUGAGUGUUUCGACGGAGCAGGAGGCAAUCAGCUCGCACAGCAAGUUAAGCAAGUACAUGCGGCCGGUGGAUUUGAGAUCCGUAACUGGAUCAGCAACUCGAGACGUGUUAUGA